GUGAGGUGUGCAACGUACGCAGCGACGAGGAACCUCUUUCGAUUGUCGCCAGCACCAUACAGCCGCACGUACCCUUCAACAGCUGCCAAAAGGAGCUGGACAGCACUUUCGCGGCGCACCAUGGCAACCAAUGUUGUGCCCGGGGCAGACCCCGAUGCGCCUCUGCCUCACUCUGUGCAGGGCAUCAAGAGGGACGCUCACCCUUUCUCGAGACCACAGCUCGAGGGUCUCAUGACCAAGCGUUUCUUCUACACCCAGGCCUUUGAGAUCUAUGGUGGAGUCGCUGGUCUGUACGACUACGGACCGACGGGUGCCUCUCUCCAGGCCAACAUCAUUUCGGCCUGGCGCCAGCACUUUAUCCUCGAGGAGGAGAUGCUGGAGCUUGACACGACAAUCAUGACGCUCUCCGAUGUGCUCAAGACCUCGGGACACGUCGAUAAGUUUGCCGACUGGAUGUGCAAGGACCCAAAGACGGGCGAGAUCUUCCGUGCGGAUCACCUUGUCGAGGGGGUCCUCGAGGCGAGACUCAAGGGCAACGAAGAGGCGAGAAAAGCCGAGGGUGGUGGUGAAACCGGAGCAAAAAAGGAACAGGCAGUCCCAGCAGAGGGAGGACAGGAUGACAAGAAGGCAAAGAAGAAGAAGGCAAAGAGCGCAAUUGUCAAGCUGGACGACGCCGUCGUGGAGGAGUACGAGAGCGUACUGGCACAGAUCGACAACUACACGGGAAAGGAGCUCGGCGACUUGAUCCGAAAGUUUGAGAUUAAAGCACCAGAGAGCGGCAACGAGGUGUCGGAGCCUGUUGAGUUCAACCUGAUGUUCGAGACGUCGAUUGGUCCCACCGGUCAGGUAAAGGGCUACCUUCGUCCCGAGACUGCACAAGGCCAUUUUGUCAACUUUGGAAGGCUCUUGGACUUCAACAAUGGUCGUGUCCCCUUUGCGAGUGCCCAUGUCGGUAAAUCGUUCCGUAACGAGAUCAGCCCGCGCGCUGGCCUGCUUCGGGUGCGAGAAUUCACCAUGGCCGAGAUCGAGCAUUACGUAGACCCGCUGGAAAAGGAUCAUGACCGCUUCGACGAAACGGCUGGUCUCACACUCGCUUUUUUGCCCAAAGACGUGCAGCAGUCCGGCAAGAGUGACCUGUCCCAUAUCACAAUCGGCGAGGCCGUCAAGUCGGGCAUGGUCGACAACCAGACGCUGGGCUACUUUUUGGGCAGGAUCCACCUGUUCCUCCUCAAAAUUGGUAUCGACCCAAAGAGGCUCCGCUUCCGUCAGCACAUGGCAAACGAGAUGGCCCACUACGCAUCCGACUGUUGGGACGCUGAAAUCCAGACGAGCUAUGGCUGGAUCGAAUGCGUUGGCUGCGCAGACCGAAGUGCGUAUGACCUGACGGUCCACAGCAAAAAGACCAAGAAGGACCUCAUCGUCCGCAAGGCUCUGUCCGAGCCCCGCGUUUACGACAAGCUCGUGCCUGUGAUUGAAAAGAAGCUGCUGGGACCGAAGUUUAAGAAGGACGCUAAGGCCGUGGAAGAGGCAAUCAUGGACCUCUCCGAGGAGCAACUGGAGGUGCUCAAGAGCCACCUGGAGAAUGGCACAGCCAAGGUCAAGGCUGGCGAGCAAUCCUUCGAGGUGACACCGGAGUUGGUCAAGGUUGAGAAGCGCACCAUCCGCGAGUCGGUUCGCGAGUUUACGCCAAACGUCAUUGAGCCUUCGUUCGGCAUCGGGCGAAUCUUUUACGCGCUCCUCGAGCACAGCUUCUGGGCGCGUGAGGACGACAAGGACCGCGGCGUGCUGUCGCUCCCGUCCCUUGUCGCUCCAAUCAAGGCCUUGGUGGUGCCGAUUAGUUCCAACGACAAGCUGGCGCCGCUGGUCAAAGAGGUUUCCAGGAAGCUGCGAGCCAAGGGUAUUUCGAGCCGCGUCGAUGACUCGAGCGCCACCAUUGGCCGACGAUAUUCUCGCAAUGAUGAGCUCGGCACACCUUUUGCGUGCACACUCGACUUCGCCAGUCUUAGCAAGGGCACGAUGACACUGCGAGAGCGAGACUCGACAAGCCAGCGAAUUGGCUCCGUCGACGAGGUCAUUGCCGUCAUCAAGGAGAUGUGCGACGGUACUAUCUCAUGGGAAGGUGCAUGCGAACGCUUGCCUGCUUACAGCGGCGAGCAGUCGCUCGACUGAAAUGACGCCUCGUCAUCUUGUAAUUUUUCUCCUUCUCCCUCCCUCAUAGUCAGUCAAAUGAUCUAUUGAUACAAGUCAGCAGGCCUCGACUGCCCUUAGACGUGCUCGGCGUCUGGUCCAUCUUCGGGUACAUCAUCUUCAUCAGGCUCUUCCCGCAGCUCUUCUGGCUCUUCACCCUCUCCCCGGGGCUCUUCUUCCUCUUCUUCCUCGUCAUCGUCCGCCUCAUCCGUAGCACCUUGCUCUCCUUCUCCUUGUGGUUCCCCAGCUGCAGCUCCCUCGCCAUCGUCGCCUAGCUCUGUUUCUUC